UAGCUAGAUUUGAAUCACCACGAACUCUCCUCAUUCCUUCCUCCCUCUCCCUUUUCCCCUUUUCUCUCUUAUUUCUACCCAAAUUGUCACAACCAAGUUGAAACCUCUUCAACCUAGCUAGGAUCACAAUCACCUUUUCUUUGUCUUCUCCAUCAUACUCAUAUAUGUAACACUCUCACUGUUGUGCUUCACUUUGCAUUAACACUUCUCAGUUCUCAUCAUGAUGGCUCAAAACAAGCAACACUUGCUGCACGAACUCCUUAAGGAAGAUCAAGAACCAUUCCUUCUAAAGAACUACAUUUCCCACCGCCGCAACCAGCUGAAAAGACCUUCUCAAAAGCCCACUCAUCUCCAAGUCAAGAAACAAAAACCACCGUUACAACCACCACCAACAACCACAACAACCACCGUGCAUAAAAAUAACUCCAACAACAACAACUUCCUCUGCAGAAACGCUUGCUUCCUCGGAGCAACAACAAAAUCUCCACUCUUCGAACUCGUUAAGAGUCCAUGCAGGUCACCCUCUAACGCUAUCUUCCUCCAAAUCCCUGCUAAAACGGCGUCGCGUCUCCUCGACGCCGCCCUCAGGAUUCAGAAGAAUCAGUCCAAGACGAAGCUACCCUCUAACAAAAACAGCUUCGCGCUGCUUGGUUCGUUCUUCAAGAGGCUCACACAACGUGGUGGCAGAACCAGAAGGACUGAAAUCGAAGGUAGAAACAAUGUUAAGGUUUCUGUUAAGGAUCUGUUGAGGUGGGACUCCUCAAACAACAGAAAAAGUUCUACUAGUGUGGAGGAAAAAUUGAAAAAGGAGAAUGGUUUUGUUGUUGAAUGUUCUUGUGAUGGAAGGGCUAGUAGUGCUGUAUGGUCAGAGAAAUCGAUGGAAAUGGGUGAAGAUGAAGAAGAAGAAGAAACUUCUACUAGCUGUGGUGGUCACUCUUGUGAGAAAGAAAAUGCAGUUUGUGAUUGCUUUGAUGAUGAUCGUGCCUUCUUCUGUCAAAGCCCUUUUAGAUUUGUUCUUCAAAAAAGCCCCUCCGCCUCCUCUGGCCACCGCACACCGGAAUUUUCCUCGGCAGCAGCGUCGUCUUCUCGCUGUGGAACACAGGACAAAGAAAAUAAUGUAGCUAAUGGAGUCAACGAAUUCCAAUCAGAGGAAGAGAAGGAACAGUGCAGCCCAGUAUCUAUUUUAGAGACACCCUUUGAAGAUGAUGAUGAUUAUGAUGGCCAUGAAAACGACGAAGAAGAUGAUGGCUAUGAUUUGGAGUGUAGCUAUGCCAAUGUACAAAGAACUAAGCAGCAGUUAUUGGACAGGCUUAGUAGAUUUGAGAAACUGGCAGAGUUAGAUGCAAUAGAACUUGAGAAGAGAAUGUUAGAUCAAGAAGAUGAAUUUGUAACUUAUUCUGAAGAGGAUGAUGACGGCGAAACAUCAUGUGAAGAAAAGACCCCGGAAGACCUUAAGAGAUUAGUUCAUGAUCUGAUUAUGGAAGAAGAGAGAGAGCUUGGUUCUUCAGAAGACAGGAAUAUGGUGAUGAGAAGAGUUUGCAGGAAGCUGGAAUUGUGGAGAGAAGUGGAACCCAACACCAUUGAUAUGAUGAUGGAAGAGGAUUUCUCUAGAGAGGAAAAUGGGUGGAAGAAAAAUUCAGAGCAGAAAAGAGAGCUAGCUGCGGAAAUUGAGCUUGCUAUCUUUUGCUUUCUAGUUGAUGAAGUUUCAGAGGAACUAGUGUGUUAAUGUGGGCAAAUUUUGAAGCAGCUCAACUACUUAGUAAAAGUAUGAAUGCGUAUAUCUUUAUUCUUUUCUUUAAAAGAGUACUGUAGUCUGACUUUGCACCUUAUGUCCUUAUCUGAAUAGGCUAGUUAGAGAAAAAGAAACCCAAAAAGAUUAUUUGGGUUUGAGGGGUAAUGUUGGGGUUAUGUACAUGAUUCGUGUAUGGAGCUGGCUACCAAAACUCCGUAAAUCACUUUUCUCAAUAGAAAACUACUAUAGUAUUUGUUACAGUUA